AUGCGCAUCUCUCUCUUCAAAGCUGCUACUUUCGCCCUCCUCGGGCUCGGCAACGUCUUCCCCGGCGUACUGGGUGCCCCGACUUCCAACGCAGUCGAAGAGCGCUCCAACAACCUGGUAGCCAGGACCAAGGCAGUCCCUGAUAUCACCAAGCAAGGAUACCAUGUCGACGAAGGCACGGGUUUCCCGAGGAAGAAGACCUACAAGGUCACCACCAACCACUACAGCGGUGCACUCGACCUGAUCCGAGUCGAGCCUUCCGGCAAACUGGUCGCCAUUCUGGACGCCAACAACGACGCGGACGAGACACCCAACCGUGCUAAGCUCCGCGACAUCGUGAUGUACGUGUACACGGUAAAGGGCCAGCAGCCGGCGAGCGGAAUCCAGCGGGUGCGCUUCGAGGUGGUCGUAGAGAAGACCACCAACGCCGCCAUCAAGGCCGCGUACCACAAGUUGGACAAGACUACUGGAGACUUCACCGUCAAGGCUAGCGACCACGGCAAGGAGAAGGAAGUGUUCGACAGCCUGUCCAAAACGCCCUUCGGCAAGAUCGCCAGCAGCUACCACACCGACUACAGCGCCGGCCAGAUCAAGGAGAUUAAGAUCGAGGACAGCCCUACCCGCCCCACCAUGGAGAUCCACCUUGGCUAA